AUGGGUUUAGGUAAAGAGCUGGAGCUGGAGGAGGUGGUUGGAGCUUUGAGCACAUGUCCCGUCUACAGCCUCUCACUCACCCUGAUUUGCAUAUUGCAGCUCACAGUCAUCCUCUGCUUUGACGUCUCCUCCGUUCAGCGCUCUGACCGACCGCCCCCCUCAGCUGGAUUUAUAGGUCAAGAGCCCGGCGGGCUCAACUCCAUCACACCUAACUGCCUCCCAGUGGGUCAGCGAAGGGGGGAGAGGGGGGAGAGAGAGGAAGAGCAGAGGAAGAGUAGAGAAAUAGCAGAGGAAGUGCAGAGGAAGAGCAGAAGAAGAGCAGAGGAAGAACAGAGGAAGGGCAGAAGAAGAACAGAGGAAGGGCAGAGAAAGAGCAGAGGAAGUGCAGAGGAAGAGCAGAAGAAGAGCAGAGGAAGAACAGAGGAAGAGUAG